CGUUCAUCUGCUUUGUGCAGAGUCUGACUCACGGACACAACGGUGAGGGAGGGAAGAGAGAAUGAGAGAGUGAACAAGACGGGAGAGAGUGUGAGCCGAUCUCAGGCUGUGAACAAGGGGCAGCAACUGGAAGCGGGAGAGAGGUGGACAAGCCACAACAUCUGAAAGUUUUAAACCUGUGAUCGCGGUAGGUGAUGCGGAGCAAGACUGGGGGUUCCUCCAACAUGUGGAAGCAAAACAAAUUCCACAUCAUGGACUGCUUCAGACAGCGACAGAUUUAGGCUUUGCAGCUGAGGGAGGGCAUGCUUUGUCACGCUCUUACUUGGUGGAAGGUGGAAAUAUAAAGAUGAGGAAGGAAAUGUUGAAGAAGACGUAGUGUUUAUCAGCACAAAGUUUUGCUCUAGUGUAACGAAAGACUUGUAGCGCCGUCGGGAAACGUCCAACAGCAACAAACUUUACGCUCAGGAGCAGGAGGAUGCACUGGGUAACAGAACUUCUGCUGCUUGGGAAAACAAGGACCCCGAGUAACAUUUCGCUGUGGAAGUAAUAAUCGUGUUGGAAUUACUGCCAGCAUUGGACCCAUUUUCAGUGGAUCCUCUACUGAUUUUUAGCUUUUCCUCUUGGUUUUUACACUUCACAAGGGAUGAGACAUCCUGUUCACUGAUCCUGAGCUGCCCCACACUACCCUUUUGCCCUUGCCUGUGGGACCCAGUGACCAUGCUGACCGAGUGUCCAACACCAGAAAGAUCAGAGCCCCGACCCACGCUCAGACCAGCUGUGACCUCUACAGCAACAUGUCUCAGGCAGUCGCGGCUCCACUUGAGACUAACAGCUCGUGGCCAGGAGAGGAGUCUGGGGUUCAGCUGAGAUGGGCCGCCCUGCUUAUCGUCAUGGUCAUCAUCCCCACUAUCGGGGGCAACAUCCUGGUCAUUCUUGCGGUUUCCCUCGAGAGGAAGCUGCAGAAUGCCACAAAUUACUUUUUGAUGUCACUUGCCGUUGCUGAUCUACUGGUGGGACUCCUAGUGAUGCCCAUUGCUCUCGUCACCGUUCUCUACAACUCUGGCUGGCCUCUUCCUGAGUUCCUCUGCCCAAUCUGGAUCUUCCUCGACGUGCUGUUUUCUACAGCAUCUAUCAUGCACCUAUGCGCCAUUUCACUGGAUCGCUAUAUUGCCAUCAAGAAGCCAAUCCAACACAGCCAGUACAAAUCCAGGGCCAAGGCAAUGGUGAAGAUUGCACUGGUGUGGCUCAUAUCCAUUUGUAUCGCCAUCCCAAUUCCAAUUAAGGGACUCAUGAACUACCACCUUCCCAACAACGUCACCUUCAACAGUAACCACACAUGCCUGCUGAAAACUGACACCUUCCGGGAGUUCAUCAUGUUUGGCUCCUUGGCAGCAUUCUUCAUCCCUUUGACCAUUAUGAUGGUCAUCUACCUUCUCACUGUACAGGUGCUGCGCAAAAAGGUUUAUUUGCUCAAGUCAAAGGUGACUCAGCGCUUUAGCGCCCAAGCAGUCUCCACAGUUUUUCAAAGGGAACAGGGUGUGCCCUCAACUCAGACUGAGCAACUGAACAUGCUAGACAACAGACUUCCCAGAAUGCAUGAAAAAUCAAAUGCAGGCACAACAAACUCUCCUACAGGAGGCGAGAUUAACUUUCGGAGAAUGUCGACAAUGGGCAAGAAGUCAAUGCAGACUCUGAGCAAUGAGCAGCGCGCCUCAAAGGUGCUGGGCAUUGUCUUCCUUCUCUUCGUAGUGAUGUGGUGCCCUUUCUUCAUCACCAACAUCACCUCUGUGCUAUGUGCCAGCUGUGAUGUUAAUGUGAUUGCCCACCUCAUGGAGAUAUUUGUUUGGGUUGGUUAUGUGUCAUCAGGUAUCAACCCGUUGGUCUACACGCUAUUCAACAAAACUUUCAGACAGGCAUUCGGGCGUUAUAUCACUUGUAAUUACAAAACUGGUCACGAGCCAGGAAGCCAACCAGGGGCCUCAAACGCAGAUCGGACGCUCACACGGAUUUCAUUCAGGUCUUCUAUGGCGGCAAACUCUAAACUGUUUAUGAAACGAGGAAUGAAAAACAGCAUUGGAGCGGUGAGCUAUCAAAGUCCGCUUAGGUGCAGACAAGCAACUGUACAGUCAUCCGGUGGUGUUGUCUUAGACACAAUGCUUCUGACUGAGAAUGAAGGUGGGAAGCAUGAAGAACAUGUUAGCUCUGUGUAGAUAUUUGGACAUUAUCCAAUUAAAAGGGGAGCACUCGAAGAGGAUCAGAUUUAUGUUCUGUAUCUUUUAAAGACAAAAUGCAAAAUUCAAAACUUGCUGUUGCGCAAGAAGUCAUUUAAGGCCAGGACUUACUCUACACUACACAAAAUCUAACCUGCUGCGGAUGUUUGUAAAAGCGAAACGAGGCAAUGCUACAAAGUAUGUCAAAGCUAUGAAUUCAAAGACAGAAAGACAGAUCAUAUCACAGAAUCGAAGAGAGAAAAGCCAAAGUUCAGGCAGACAUAAGAAUGCGAGUAAUGGAAACACUAUGAUAACCUGGAAGCUCUUAUGAAUGCAGUAUACAAUAUAUUGUUAUGCUGAACCUUUCAACUUGUGCUAUCUAAAUAUGAUGUAAAACAUCUCAGACCACAUGCUUUCAUUUUCAGACAACCACAACUCAACCUCUCAAAUCUCUUCUGCAAUAAUGCAUUGUACUCUUGAAAUGAUGCGUAUUGCAUUUGCUGGAUCUUUGGGAAGUGCUCUUGUAUGUGUAUUACAGCCUGAUGUUGACAUGAUAACAAGGUUUCCAAAUAAAAAGAUGCUAUAUAAAAAGAACAAAAUUCUAAAUAAAUGAAUGCUGUC